AUGGAUGGCACCAAAAUGCACACCAAAGACAGUGUGGACCAAACGUCGGGAACACUGCCACAACAAUCUGCCACCGCCAGCUGUGCUGCCUCCCCUGGUGAGGGACAGGAAACCACCAACAAGCAGGGCAGUGGUUGGGUUAAAGGCAGCCCAGUGACAUUGAGCUCCAGUUCCAGCACGCCAAGUCGCGGACGUCGGCAGCUCCCCCAGACCCCGCUUGCCCUGCAGCCUGGGGUGGCCUUUAAGACUGCCAAUUCAUCACCCGUGCACUUUGUGUCCAGUCAGGCGUCUCUGAGUCCCGGCCAGCUGAGCCGUGGCUUGUCAGAGCACAACUCUGUCCAGCGCAGCAGCUCCCGCCACUUUCCCUCUCCUGUCACUCGUAUUAGCUCAGAACCUUUCCUGGGCCAGGGCCAGGGCCACGGUGAGGACCUGGGCAGCCUGUAUGGCAGCCUCCGAGACCAGCUGGAUGUCUUCCAGGAUGCGGUGUCACUGUCCAGCCCCCGUGCCGGACAUUCAUCUCGGACCACACUGCCUCGCAUUAUGGGAGCCCUGUCUCCUGCUCCACAGAACCUUGGGGUCCCCAACGGGUACCACUUCAGCUUCGGGGGCAGGACCAGCCCAGGCUCUGGCUUCAGGGCAUCCAGGUAUUACCAGGAGGCAGAGGCAGACGAAUGGUGCUAGCAUGGCUUUAAAAUAACCUUUAGAAUGCAUAUUUGAGGAAUUGUGAUGAGUUUUAUCAUCUUCUUUGAAGGAUUUAGUUUACAUUGUCAUUGUGUGUGUUUUAUGCUGUAUUUUAAUUCUAACUCGGAGAGCAACGCUUAGGGAGAACAGAGAGAAAGCUGGAAGUGGAUUAUUUGAAUGUGUCGUCUUUAUCAAAGGACAUGUAGCAUUAUGAAACAAUAGAGUCGGCCAAUAUGAGGUGUCUUGCAGUAGCUGUUCUUGAUUUUGCUUUGACUUCUGUGUUUUAUUGACACCACUAUAUUGACACUCAAACAGCUUUACAUGAUGAACACUAUAGACUAGACUAUACAAGAAGAUUAUAUCUCUUGACCACCAGACCUGCUGUGUCAUUCAUAACUCCAGUCUGUAUUUCAGGGAAACCAUUCAAGUAAACAGAAGUGCUGAUUUA